AUGAAUGCCCAGCUGUCGAUGGAGAGUAUUGGCGAUCUGCACGCGGUGAGCCACGAGCAGGUGCCCGCCGCCGCCGCUGACCUGAUGAGCAGCGACAGUCCUCAUCACAGGAGCGCGGCGACCCAUCGCAGCGGCCACUUGUCCGCCCACGCGCGCUCCGUGGGCAUGGCGUCCAUCCUGGACAGCGGCGACUAUCAUCACCACCAUCGGCCCCCGGACCAUCACGGGCUCGCCGGGCACCUGCACCCGGCCAUGACCAUGGCGUGCGAGGCUCCCCCCGGCAUGAGCAUGAGCAGCACGUACACCACGUUGACCCCCCUGCAGCCGCUACCUCCCAUCUCUACGGUCUCGGACAAGUUCUCUCAUCAUCACCACCACCACCAUCAUCACCAUCCUCACCAGAGGAUCCCUGGCAACGUGAGCGGCAGCUUCACCCUGAUGAGGGACGACAGGGGUCUGGCGUCCGUGAACAAUCUGUACAGCCCCUACCACAAGGAUGUCACCGGGAUGGGACAGAGCCUGUCGCCCUUGUCGGGAUCGGGGCUGGGUGGCAUCCACAACUCCCAGCAAGGGCUUCCGCCUUAUGCACACCCGGGUGCAAAUAUGCCCACGGAAAAAAUGCUAACACCCAACGGUUUCGAAGCCCAUCACCCUGCCAUGCUGGGGAGGCACGGAGAUCAGCACAUGACCCCUUCUUCGGCGGGCAUGGUGCAGAUCAACGGGAUUCACCACCACGCACCUCACGGUCACCUGAACCCCCACAGCCACGUUCAGGGAACGGGCUCCAGCAGGGACCAGAAUCCCUCGUCUUUAGCUGGAUCUCAAAUCAGCAGCACAGGCAGCGCGGGUCAGAUGGAAGAGGUCAACACCAAAGAAGUGGCGCAGAGGAUCACCACCGAGCUCAAGAGGUACAGCAUCCCGCAGGCCAUCUUUGCCCAAAGGGUGCUGUGCCGAUCGCAGGGGACCCUGUCCGACCUGUUGAGGAACCCCAAACCCUGGAGCAAGCUCAAGUCCGGCCGAGAGACCUUCAGGAGGAUGUGGAAAUGGCUGCAGGAGCCCGAGUUCCAGAGGAUGUCGGCGCUGAGGCUCGCAGCUUGCAAGAGAAAGGAACAGGAGCACGGAAAGGGGGAGAGGGGGAGCAUCUCCAAGAAGCCACGACUCGUCUUCACGGACGUCCAGCGGCGGACUUUACAUGCAAUAUUCAAAGAGAACAAGCGCCCGUCCAAAGAGUUGCAGAUCACCAUCUCUCAGCAGCUGGGCCUGGAGCUCACAACCGUGAGCAACUUCUUCAUGAACGCACGCCGGCGGAGCCUGGACAAGUGGCUUGACGACGGGAGCUCCAGCUCAGCCAACUCAUCUUCUUCAUCUAGCACUUGUACCAAAGCAUGAGGGAGCAAAGAUGACAGACUGAAACUUCGGUGGAAAAGCUUUAAACUAAACUCAACAAAGAAACUUAACAAAGACCAGGACCUCUAAACAACAGUUUUGUCCUUAAAACUUGUUUGAGAUAAAAAAAAAUUCUGAUGUUUGUAGUACCCCAAAACCAAAGACUUCUUUCACCUGCGUCUUUGUUCCACAACACAUUCGAAUGAAACAUCUUGCAAAGGAACAGAAGGAAAAAAGUCACAAAAAUUUUGGUUUCUCCACUCACACAUUUUUUUGGUCCCACAGUCAAACCUGCCACCCUCCCAUGAAGGCAAUUCUUGUUUUAAAUAGCCGUUGUGCCAUUGUGUCAUCACUGACUGAGCCAUGAGCCACCGCACU